AUGCAAUCUACACAGUUCCCCUUGAGCCCUGUCAAGGAUGGCCGCCGCAUCCUCGGCGAGAAAAACACCAACGCGUGUCUGUCCCCGGCCAACCGGCCAAAGGACGCUUUCUCGGCCACAGGCACCCCAACCAAACGAGUAUCAACUGCAGCAUCGCCCAAGAAGCUUCUGCCUUCUCCCAUUUUUGCAGGCACAAAACGCACAAGAGACCAGGUGGACGAGACCGAUGUAAACAGCGGACACGUCAAGAGACACAGUCCGGAGCUCUCGCCUUCCCCCGAAGAAAACAGCACCCAACCCAUCCUCAAAAAUGGCCUUGAGGAUCAGCUCGAACGCGACGAACCAGACCAUCUUCAUCCAGAAACCCUCUCUGCCACAACCGACAACAACUCACAACCUACCACGCGAGCCAUUCCCAGCGACCCCGAGACGCGCAAGGUGUUCAUCCAAGAAAAAGCACAUCUCCUCCGCAGUCGACUUCAAAGCGCCAUGCGCAACGUUACAGACCACCAGUUCGACCGACGCGUCUCCGAGCUGGAAGCACACAGCCGCAAGUGUCCGCGGCUCUCUCUCUCCGCUCUCUCGACACCGUCCAUGCUCUCCAAAAAUGCGACCACAGCUUCUCAAACCAAGGCACCGCAAAUUGUUUCUGCGGGAACGAGACUUCCUUCUCUGCUGAAAACGCCUGAUCUGUCUGCCACGCGGCCGUCGAGCGCGGUUGCUGUGAGGGAUACUACGCACGAUGUUCCAGCUAAGAUCCCGAUUCGUGAUAACAACACGCCACCGCGGGCACUGGGGUCGCCGAUGCAGCUGAGUAGCCCGCCGGCGACGGUUGGGCGUCGUAACAGCAAUGAAGAUGAGAGUGGCGAGCCAAGGCUCGAGGUUCGAGGGGGGAUGUCGCUGUCUGAGAGAGGCGAUGCAGUUGACGGGCUGCUAAAGCUCAUGCAUACGGAUCGGUACGAUAAUGGAGACGCAUGGACUACAUGA